GUAAUCACCUGGAUGACGUAAUUCAACCAACAGCAUCACGACCGAAACAGCCAGUACACUGGGAGGGAGAUAUUGCCCCUUUAAGAAAAGGGACGCGUUGUACAAAUAAAACAACCAACUUAAUGGAUUUCCUGGAGAAUUAAGGGGAAUAUACCGUUUCAGAACAUUGGAUGCAAAUGGUGUGUACUGAAAAGAAGUUAGACAAAUGUUCUUAUUGAAAAGAACAGGAAUAGGGAGCUUUUGCUGGUUAAACAUGGUGGCCGCUGUGGUCGAAAACUAAGAGGGUUUUAAAAUAUUUAAGAAAAGCCGUUUUCUCUUUGAAGGGAAAUGCUGCAACUGGCGGUACCGGCAUCGGAGACCUGAGCCGUGGGAAUGGGAUCGUAGAUUAUUUAAAUUUUUUGCAGGUCAUGUGUUAAUCAGCUCAGAAGCAAUACGUCCAUCCCGCUUAGAAAGUUGAAAAUCCAAGUUUUUUUUCUUCCCCUCCGAAGCAGCACGGCGACUGGGUUCGAGAAUCGCCGCAUUGAGGAUAAAUGAGCGCCGCGGCUGAAUGAAGAAUGCCAACGGAGACGCUUCGGAACCCGGAUCGCCCUUUCCAACACGCCGUUCCGGAGCCCCGCAGCACGAUCGUUAACUUGUUGCCGGUGUGUUAUGAAUGGCAAUAGCCGCUGCAAACCCGACGCGUAGCCGAGAAGCACAAAGAUUUUCAAAAAAAUGUUGCUCGUUACACGCAAACUGCCACAUUUCUUAGCCGCACCAGGGAAACCGACGCUGGAAACGUGGAUGGUGACCGAAACAUGAAGUAUCGAGUUAAAAGGAAACGGAUCCGCUGUUGAUGGCACGCAUAACGUAAAGAUUUUUAAAGGACCUCAUAGUUAUAGGGAUACCAAGUUGCACGCCAUUCAACCAUAAUAGCCCUUAGAAGACUUUCAUUACAUGGGGACUUGCCUGACAUGCCAAGGAAGGAGUUACCAUUGCCAGAGGGUUGGGAAGAAGCCCGUGAUUUUGAUGGGAAAGUGUAUUACAUUGAUCACGUCAAUCAUACUACAAGCUGGAUUGACCCGAGGGACAGGCAGACCAAGCCCCUGACGUUUGCCGACUGCAUCGGGGAUGAGCUCCCCGUCGGCUGGGAGGAGGUCUUUGACCCCCACAUCGGCCCCUACUAUGUGGAUCAUAACACCAAGCGCACCCAGGUGGAGGACCCCCGUGUGCAGUGGCAGCGGGAGCAGGAGCGCAUGCUCAGGGAGUACCUGGAGGUGGCGCAGGAGGCGCUGACCACCCAGCGGGAGACCUGCCAGGUGAAGGAGCAACGCCUGCAGCUGGCCCAGCAAGAGUACCGGCAGCUGAGCGACGUGUGGCGGGGCAGGUCCGCCUCCCAGAGCAGCUUGAACUCCAGGUCUUCGUCCAGCAGCAAGUAUGACCCGGAGAUACUCAAGGCGGAGAUCGUGACCGCCAAAAGCCGGGUCAAUAAGCUGAAGCGGGAUCUCGCCUUUAUGAAGCAAGAGCUGCGUUAUAAGGAACAGGGUUUCGAGACGCUCCGAGAGAUUGACCACAAGGUGUCCAGCACUCCGUAUGGCUACAAGCUGCACGAGGCCCAGGCCAUUCUGAGCGAGGUGAAGUCCAUCAAAGACGCCAUCAGCGCGGGCGAGAAGGAAAAGCGGGAGCUGAUGCAGAAACUGGCUGUUCUGAAGGAUGGCUUCCUGUUCGACUCGGGGUCCCAGAUGGACUUGUGGGCCAGCUGUCCUUCACUGGCCGACUCCAGCCUCUCUAUCCCCCGUCUUUACUCGGAUGCCGAGUCCCAGACCGACCUACCUGCAGAGUUUGCUAUGAACAGCAGCAACACGCUAGCAGAGAAGGUUCGUCUGAGUCUGAAGUAUGAAGAGGCAAAGAGACGGAUUGCCAACAUCGAAGUGCAGAUCGCCAAGCUGGACAGUGAGGCGUGGCCAGGCCUCCUGGACCCGGAGCGAGAUCGGCUGAUCCUAAUUAACGAAAAGGAGGAGCUCUUGAGGGAGCUGGAGUACGCCAAGCCCAGGAAGCGGCUGCCGGGAGACGCCGAGAAGAUAGAGACGGAGAAGAAGAGGCUGGAGCAGGACCUGCAGGUGGCCCGGGACAGCCAGAGCAAGGCCCUAACUGAGAGGUUACGGUUACACUCCCGAAGAAACAAACUAGUCCGAGAGCUGGAAGAAAUGGUUCGGGUUGCCUCUUCCCUACAUAGCCAGCUGAAAAGCCUGUCUGCCAGCACGCUCUCCUGCUCCUCCGGCAGUAGCCGGGGCUCCUUGACGUCUAGUCGGGGCUCGCUGGCUGCCUCCAGCCUGGGGUCAUCAUCGUCACCCAGCCUGACUGACCUCUACCUGGACCCGCCCGAGCUGGGGGACCCAGAUCUCCGGCAGAAGCUGGACUCUCUUCUGCAGGACAGUGUGGCCGGAGGCUACCGACCGUCCAGUUCCAUCCCCACCAUCCAUGAGAACGAGGUGGUGGGGGCGGCAGGCGGAGGUGGGGGCGGAGCCCAGCGGCUGCAGGCCCUUCGGCUGUCGGAGACGCCACGCUCCUCAGGCUCGCUCUCGCCCCGCUCCUCGAUAUCCUCGCUGUCACCUCCCUGCUCCCCGCUGGUCGCUGACUCCAGCUUCCUGUCUGGGGACGCCUUCCUGGGCCUAGCUGGGACAGGUCUGGACACCGAGCUACAGAGCCGGCUGACGGAGCUUGUCUUGGGAGCUGAUGAUGAGGAUGCUCCGCGCCAACGCCCCGGUGGGGCCAAGCGGGACGUGGCAGCUGGUGCUGCGGAGACCUCUAAAGAUUCGGUUACGCAGAUGAGGGGGGGCAUGGCCGGGCUGAGGAACGCCGGGGUGUCGUCCGCCGUCUCCGACGAAUCGGUGGCAGGGGACAGUGGCGUUUACGAGCCAACCGAGAAGAGGCCCGGCCAUCUGGUCGAGCUGCCCACGUACGAUGAGGCAGCACACCCAGGCUCGGCGCAGGUCAGGCUGGGCCUUAGGUAUGAGGCGAAAGAGCGGAGCUUCGCGGUGGCCGUCAUGCAGCUGUCCAACUGCGGGGCCCUCGCUCUGCCGGCCGAAUGCAACAUGUACGUCCGCGUGGCCGUGCUGCCCUGCUCGGAGACCACCAGGUGCCUCUUCCGCACCCUGGGGGUGCAGCCGCGGGAUGCGGCGGAGCUGAACGAAGUGUUCAGCGUGCAGGUUUCCCACAGUGCUUUGAGGCAGAAGACGCUACGCGUUGACGUGUGCUUCAUGAACACAUCCGGCAGGGAGGAGUGCCUGGCGGGGGCUCAGAUAAGUUUGGCUGAAAUCAGCAGCUCCGGGGAAUGCUCCACAAAGUGGUACAACCUUCUCAACUACAGCUACCUGGCAGAGAUGGAUACCAAGCACCGGGAGAUGGAGUAUGCCGUGAGGGAGGCACGGAGCUGUCCCUCAGCCACGGAGUCCAGCACCACAGAAGGAUCCGGAAACAAUGUUGAGGGCUCUCUGAAGCUGAAGUGGCAUGGCGGCUCCCUGGAAGGUGAUGUUUUUGAGGAACCAGAAGGAAGCGACGUGGAUGAAGGGGAGGAAGGAAUGGAGGAGGAAGAGGAGGUGCUGGUGGAGGAAGAGGAGGAGCUAUACCCCGAAUCCAGCCAAUGGGAGGCAGAGGGGGAGGCGGCAAACCAGUUUCAGGCGGGAGCAAAGACCGAACGGGUUAAUAAGGAAACGAGCACAGAGGGUCUGUUUAAUUCGGCCUCGGUGGUGCGACCCAAGGAACGGCGACUUGCGGUACCGCGGCAAGCCGCCUUCGUGAGGGGGAACACGAUCAUCCGCUCGAAGACCUUCUCCCCCGGGCCGCAGAGCCAGUACAUCUGCAGGAUUAACCGCAGCGACAGCGACAGCUCCACCCUGUCCAAGAAGUCCCCCUUCGUCCGGAACUCGGCAGAGAGGCGCAGCGUGCGGCUGAAGAAGCCUCCCCUGCCGGUGAAGGGUUUGGAUGGGCUGCUUCGCACUUCCCUGGACCUGGAGCUGGACCUGCAGGCGUCUCGGACCCGCCACUCCCGCCUGGGUCAGGAGCUGCGUGUGCUGCGGCAGCUGAACAUGCAGCUGGAGGAGGCGCGCAUGCGGGGCUGCAGCCGGCUGCCUGCCUGGGUGCAGGAGGACGAGCGUCUGCAGCUGCUUCUGAAGCGGGUGGAGAAGCAGACCCAGGAGGAGCAGCAGCAGGAGCAGAGAGUGGACAGGAUGAUGCGGGCAGCUGCCAAGGACGUCAACAAGAUCCGCAGCCAGAGUUGCAAGGAGGUGCCUGAGACGCAGUCCUUCAGGGAGAAGAUGGCUUUCUUCACUCGAGCGAAGAUCCACAUCCCUGAUCUCCCAGCGGACGACGUCUAAAACGUCUUAAGUAUUCUGAAGUCUGAACUGCUGUUUCCAAGGAGAUGAGACUGACUUCUGGUGGUGUUAUGAAGAAACGUUUUUAAAA